UUUUUACUUUCAUCUAUCACAAUUUCUUAAGCUCUGGGAGAUAAUCGCUGAUUUUGUGCUAUUCUAAACGCUGAUAACUAAAAUUCAACAUGGAAGUGAUAUCAAGUGUUCAAGCUACAUUGAAUGAGUUUAUUGGUAGGCAAUUGACUGUUUUCUUUUUUUAAUUUAUCUCCACAAGAGGUGAAUUAUCAACUAAUCAUCAAAAUUAGACGCCUCCACUACCAUCAUAAAAAUCUUGGAUUCCAAACAGAAGUUGGUUAAUGACAACGACUCAUUGAUAUCCAUUUGCCAACGAAUAAUUGCUCUUUUGCCUCUAUCCGAAUCAAUUGAGAGAUCAAUCAGAAAGGCUGAAGUUAAAAACCCUCACAGGAAACAUCAAGAGAAGAAUGUAGUUUUCAACUUACAAGAAUCAUCAUCAAUUGAGGAUAAAGUCCAGGAUGCUAUUAAUAACCACCAAUAUAAAAAUCUUGAUAAUUCAGUAGUUUUGUCCUUAGAGAUGACUGCCUCCAAGCUAUGGAAUUCUUUAACCAUAUCCUUGAGAGACUUUGAUAAUGAAGAUCUUAAAACCCCUGGACACAACCGUGACGAAAAAAAUGUUUACAUUCAGUUAUGCCAGGUAAAAUAUUUUGCCGCAGUCUUGUUUAACAUAUUUGAUGGAUUAAAUCCAACUUUUUCAAAUAAAUUGAGAUCUUUGAAGUGCUUUUUGAAGGUUUUUAAUUUAUUUGUCGACGAAAACCAAUUAACCCUAUCUAAAAAAAUUCAGGAUAUAACUGAUCUAAUAACAAGUGAUAUUGAAGCUAAUUUUAUAAGCAAUGAGAAUAAACCUAUCUAUAAUAAUAGUAAUAAUGACCUCUCUGUCUCUGAUGAUACACAAUUGAACGAUUUCAAAAAGGAAUUUAAUUCGAUGAAAAUUGAAUUACUAAUUAUGGAUAUGAGAUUAAAUAUCAAUUUAAAAGAUUUUGAAUUAGCUAAAUAUUAUGAAAAAAAAGCAAAUAUUUUAAACAAUUACUCCACUCUUCAAAAUCAAAACAAUUCAAUUAUUGAAUUUGCCAGAUUUAUAUAUAAUUCUUGUUUCACGCAUUUAGAUAAAAUAAUCAAUAGCAACAACAACAUUAAAAAUAACAAUAAAUUUGAAAAUUCAAAUGAGAUCGAGAAAAAUGAUGAUGAUGAUGAUGAUGAUGAUGAUGAUGAUGAUGACAAAUUAAUAUUAACUGAAUCUGUUUAUUUCUUAAAAGUUGCCAUUCAAUAUUUGAAUUUACCAAUUGUUUUUAAUCCAAAAAUUAUUCACUUGGAAUUAAAAUUUAAAACACUUUUAUUAUUAUGUCAAUCUUUAAUUAAUUUAAGAUUUUUCAAUGAUGCAAAAUCUUAUAUUUCAAUUCUUGAACAAUUAUACCCAAACAAAAUUGAACCAUUUAAAUUAUUUUUACAAAUUUUAAAUUUUGAAAACUCUUUGAAAAUUGAUAAAAAUACUAACAAUAAUAAGCGUAAGGAUAAUGCUACCAAUACUAAUAUUAUAGCUGAGCAAACUUUAAUGAAAAUGAUUAUGUCAGUUUCAAUUUCAAAAAAUGAUAAUUUUAAUCAAGUUAUUGCCAUAUUAAAUGAUUAUUCUAAAAAUAAUCCCAUUUCUUCAAUUAAAUGUUUAGACUACGUUUUUCAAAAUAAAUUAGAUCCAUUCAAGAAUCAUGAUUUUUUGGAAGUUUGUUUGACAUCAAAAAUUUGGAUCAUAUCUUCAAUUCAAUUUGAUAUUCAAAAUAUUGACCUAAAUAUUACUGAUGGUGAAAAUAGCGAUAGUUUUCAGAUUGAACAUAUCCAAAAAAUUUUGAGUUCUGCCGAAAAACGGUUUGCAUCACCAUUAUCAAAAAAAUGUUCAUCUGCUUUGAUUACUUUAUUUUGGAAUAAUGGUAAAAAACUUAUGAAAUCUAAAAAGUAUUCUUUAUCAAUUGAAUGGUUUUAUUUUGCACUUCAUAGAUUUGUAUUAUCUGAACAUGAUUUUUCUGAAGACGUUGGAAAAAUUCAAAGAUCAAUUUUAAAUUGCUAUUUUGAAAUGAAGAAUUUUGAUAAAAUCAAAGAAAUCUAUAAUAAAAUGGUUGAUAGAGACAAGAUACAUUUACUAUCCUUAUACAUAAUGUUUAAGGUUUACAUAUCAGAAAACGAUAACAAAAAUGCUAUGAACACAAUCAAAUUGAUUUUUGAAAAUAAAACAGAGAAUCAUAUUUCGGUUUUACUAUCUUGUAUUGUUGAAGCAAGAAACUAUUCAAAUUCAACUGUUGCAAUUGAGGGAAUGGUUAAUGUUUUAACUAAAAUGGAUGAUAAAGCUGAAUUUUCAGACGAGAUUUUGGUUCCUGUGGCAUUGCGAUGCACUAUCCAGUUGAUAAUUAAUGAUAUUAGCAAAUGCAAUAAUAUUGAUUUAAAAAUAAAAUACAUGAAAACUUGUGGUGAAUUAUAUACUGAAUGUUAUAAUUUUAUUAAGAAAAGUUUCAAUAAAAUUUCUCCAAAUAUACUUUAUGAUCAAGAUAAAAUCGAGAUUGAACAGUUGAAAAAACAGAUAUUAUCGGUUGAUGAACUUGAAUGGUUAAUUUGUAAUGGGUACAAUUUGGCAAACAAAUGUUACCAAAGUAAAUUUUAUAAAGAAGGAUUGAUUUUAUCCACAAAGGCAAUUCAAGUAUGAAGGACCUUUUUUUUUGUUUUUAAUUUUUGAUUAUCUUAUAAAAGAUGUUUUUAAUUAACAAUAUUUGUUUUUAUUGGUUUAGAUUGAAAAUUUGAUUAAAGGAGAUACAGACAAAGGGAGAUACAAGAAAUUAGAGGUUUGGUAUAUUCGUACUUGUUUGUUAAGGAUAAUUUGUUUUAAUUGUUUAAUCUCACAAGAGAAUAAUUUAGUUGAUAAAAUGGAUUCUUUAAAAGAAAAUCGGGAAAAUGUCAUAAAUCUAAAAGAAAAACUUAACAAACAUCUAACUAAUUUGAUCUCGGAAGAUUGUGAAGAUAGUUUGAUUAUUGAUGAUAUUGAUCAAGUUGAAGACAAGAACUUUUGGAAAGCAUGUUAUUCUCAGGUAGUUUUAUUUCAGUUUGAAAUAGAAUUGAAAUUGAGCAAUUGGG